AUGAUUCCAGAGGUGGUGACUAUGCGAGAAAGAUUUGCUGUCCAUCCAUCUCAAGUAUGUUUGUUGGAUGACACUGUUGAAAGUUCGAUGUCUUUACAAGAUGAGAUGAUGAAAGAUCGACACACAAUUGAGGAAUUAUACAACCUAUUGUCAAAUGAGGAAAGCAAGCUGGCCGAUUGUGCUGUUGAAGUCGUCGAACAAAGCUGGUGGAAGCUUUUAGAUUUGUUGGAACUCAAGAGAAGUUCCAUAUCUUUCUUUGAAGAAGAUAAACAUGAAACCCCCAUUUCCAGAUGGUCAAGAGCAGGAACCAGAGCUGCAAAGAUUGGAAAAGGUUUAUCUAAGAACAAUAAAGCUCAGAUACUUUUUUUCCCACAUUGGCUUGAGGCUAUUGAUCCACAACAUAGAUAUGGACACAAUCUCAAUUUCUAUUAUGAGAAAUGGUUUGAGUCAUCAAGCAAACAACCCUUCUUCUAUUGGUUGGAUAUCGGCGAAGGGAAAGAGAUAAAUAUCGUCGAAAAAUGUCCAAGAUCGAAACUUCAACAGCAAUGCGUCAAAUACCUUGAUUCAUUGGAGAGGAUGUGUUAUGAGGUGAUGGUAAACGAUGAUGGAAAGCUGGUGUAUAAACAGACGAAUGUUUUUGUGAAUACAAGGAAGGAUUCAAAGUGGAUCUUUGUUCUUAGUACGUCUAUGGUUUUGUACAUAGGCAAGAAGAAGAAAGGUUGUUUUCAACACUCGAGUUUCUUGUCCGGAGCAGCUACGUCGGCGGCUGGGAGAAUUAUUGUCGACAAUGGUCUUCUCAAGGCGGUGUGGCCUUACAGUGGUCAUUAUAGGCCAAACCCAGAGAAUUUUCAGGAUUUUAUUGCGUUUCUUGAAGGGAAUAACGUUGAUUUAACUGAUGUGAAGCUUGAAGUAGGGAAAGAAACCAUAAUAAGGAAACAUGAAAGUUAUAAUCGGGUAAUUGAAGAAUUGUCGUGUAAAUGGAGGAGCAUCGGGGCUGGUCGAAAACCGAACCUUUCUUCAAGAGGAGAAAGUGUUGGAUCAGAUUCGUCAAGCUAUGAGAUGAUGAUGAUGAAGAAGAUGAGUUUAAGUGGUGGUAAUUUGCGUUGUGGAUUCCCGUUUACUACCUCUCAGCUGCAUAAAUUCUCGUCCAGGAUGAUGAUUGAUAGAUAGUAGAUUGAGGAUCGGCCGGUGCUUUCCCAUUUCUUUUGUUUGUUUUUUUAACAAGGAUUUUUUCUUCAUUUUCUCUUCCAAGACUCUUUCUAGGAAACACAGAAAAUGUAAU